AAUACCGCCUUUUGGUUGAUCGGGUUCUCUCGCUGUUCUGAAUCUUUAUUAGAGUAGCUUUACCUUGCUCACAGCGCCGUGGUAUAACCUCGAAUACCUCCUGCUACCAGUAGUGUAAUUGUUAGAUUUUUCUUGGUUACCUAAGAUGAAGGCUGUUACGCCAGUCCGCCCCCAGGACUCCUCCUCCACCAGCAGCCAGCUCUCCCUUCACUGUCUGUCGAAGCAGAGUCUCAACAUCGCCCGGUGCAGGAUGGAAGAGGAGGAUCUGUUCUGCCUGCAGUACGACAUGAACGACUGCUACAGCCGAUUGAAGCGCCUGGUGCCCACCAUUCCGCAGGAUAAGAAAGUCAGCAAAGUGGAGAUCCUCCAGCAUGUAAUAGACUACAUCCUGGACCUGCAGCUGGCGCUGGAGACGCACCCUUCUCUCCAUAAACAACAGCCACAGCGGACCGGGACCUGCCCUGCUCCAGCCUCCAACCCCAGCCGGACACCGCUCACGGUGCUCAACAUUGACCACCACCAGAGGACGUCAAUAAUAAAAAAGCAGGAGGACUCGAUUUUAUGCCGCUGAGACAUGAGCACUACAUUGGUGUGCACGAGGCACAGAGCUGCUCCAAAGCCAGCAAACCUUCGCCAGGGACUCACACCCUACUGGAGGCACAGUUACAAGGGGAUUUCAAAAUCGCUGGAAGGAAUUAAACCCAAAUAAAAUUCAUGUUAAUAUCAGCUCUUUAUUUUUGUUCUAUUGGUCAAGGAAUUAGGUGUGUAGAUAUCUCACUGCCCUUCCUCCUGUUUAAGUUUCUUUAACUUUGUUUUUUGCCACUUAAAGUUCUUCUAAAAGAGUGAAAAUAUGGAAUCCCCACGCUGAGAAGUUUUUUUUGGAAACUCAUCUGUCAACAGCUAUGAAAACUGUUUGUGAAUUGUGCUUAAACAAUAACUAAAAAUGACUCCAGUUUAAAGCUUUACUAAACUGCAAAAAUCAUUGUACCCUGUUUUGAACAUCUAUUGUUUAAAAUAGAUGAUUUGUGUUGAACAGGGAUGUCAUCCCUGGAAUCUUAAAAUGUUUGAUAUUGUAAAGAAGAGCAACUCUGAUUCGAGACAAUUAAGAUUGUACAUAAAGAGACACAAAUGUUCUAUAAAAGUAUGUGAAAGGAAGACUUAUAUGCAUAAAAUAGACUAUUGUAAUCAUAAGAUAUUUUUAUUGAAACCUCCUUUUGUCAUUAUGUAAAUAUUGUGUUACCACUUUUAAGUCUUUAGUGAAUGAAUGUGGUUAUGCUCUGCCAAUAAUGUCCUCACAUGAUGAUAUCAGUUAACUCUUUGCAGUGUUUUUGGACUAGUUUAAUAUGUAGCAUGUCAGGCUCAUUGCAGAGAUAUUGAAUGUGCACUGAAGCAGCCCUCCCUGUGUCGAUAUGUGGUGGAGUAUUUUAUCAUUUGCCCUGUUCAGCUUACUCUUGAAUUGUUUUGUACUCAUUAACUAUGACAGCUUCGACCUGCUGGAAGCGAAGGGUCGAUCUGCUGUUCGAUCUUUACAAAAAGGCCCGAUUUGAUUCUGUUACGCUGCACUCUCUUGUUAAAAUUUCACACUGAUAGUUGGAGCACAUCUGACAAUUUUUACAACGUAUUACCUAAAAAAAUCACUUCAACACAAUGUCUCUGUUUUAUGUGAGUAGUGAAGGUUUCUCCUUGACAAGUUAAUGAUUGACACCGUGAAGUCAUUUAGCUUUGGUUAUGAAUUGAUCAAAUAUGUGAACAUUAACCGAUUCUUUUAGGACAACAGCUAAUUGUAUUCAGACAGCCACUGUCUCUAAGCA